AUGCAAUCGGUUGCAAAGGUAAGAACUGAAGUCACUGCUAGACACUGGCUCCACGACAAGUGUGGAAAUUGUAGAAACAUAUAUCUCGCGCAGAUCAAGAAGCACAACCGUGCCGGUGCACAGCUCCAUGCUAUCAUUUCGACCCCUACGAAACAACAACUGCUUGAUGUUGCUCAAAGACUUGACCAGGAGCGCAAAACUGGCAAAAUUCGAGGACCUCUUCACGGAGUUCCUAUCAUUGUCAAGGAUGCCUUUGCGACCGUUCCAUCUUUGGGAAUGCCGACUACCGUUGGUUCCUAUGCCCUCAUAGACUCUCGACCAAAGAAAAAUGCGGCGAUUAUUGACGUGUUGAUCCAGAAUGGCCUUAUCAUCCUUGGCAAGACCAAUUUAACGGAGUUCUGCGGUUUCAAAGGCACAGGUGGAUGGUCUGCGGUUGAAGGCAUGUGCCAAUCACCCUACAUUUUAGGAGGGUUCAAGAAAGGAGAAAAGCGUAGAGGGGAAACAGCGCCCGGUGGCUCGUCGACAGGAUCCGCCGUAGGAGUUGCCGCAGGAUUCUGUCCAAUAUCUUUGGGUACCGAGACAUCUGGGUCGUUAACUUCACCAGCAAGUCGGGCAGCAUUGCAAGCAUUGAAGCUCACGCCAGGAUCAGUAUCCAUGGAAGGUGUCUGGGAAGUUGCUAGUACAUAUGAUACUGCUGGUGCAAUGGCCAAAUCAGUUCUUGAUUUGGCUCUUGUCAGUGAUAUGCUUCUUCGGACUACUAGAGGAGGCUGCAGCAAGGUCUCUCUAACUAAAAGCAUAAGGAGCAAGUGGCAAGGACUUUCUGUGGGCUUUGUUGAUAUCGAGAAGUGGCGUCUGCCCCUAGAAGCUCGAGACCCGGAUCCCGGAUAUGAUGAGCAAAGCUUCGCUGAUUAUCAACGAGCCAUACAGAUGAUCCAAGAACACGGUGGAAGAGUGGUUCAUCCAGUUCACAUCACUCCCCCCGAAGAAUACAUAGUGGAUUCAGAAGGCGGCAAUGUUGAUGAUUUGAUGGAUAAUAUUAUGAGGAGCCAAGCACGAGACGGAUGUAAAAAAUACCUGUCUAGUCUUGAAUACAGCAAAGUCAAUGAUUUGAAAGACAUCAUAAAUUUCAACCAAGCCAAUGCAGCCAUCGAGUUUGACGACAUGUUUUGUCCAAACCAAAAUGGCUUGGAAAAAGCCCUGGAGGCGACCAUGUCAGCUGAAGAUUUAGAGAAAAACCUGCAAAUUUGUAGACAGUGGGCUGCUACAAAAGGCGUUGACAAAAUCAUUGAAGAAUGCAAUGUUGAUGUAAUAGUAGGACCAUGCGAUAGCUUUUUUGCGGGGUUGGGUGUUGGAGCGAAUUAUCCAUUAGCAUCCAUUCCGUUCGGAGUCGUUAAAAGCAGUGGCCGUCCAUAUGGAUUACACGUGAUUGCUAGGGCUUAUGAAGGGAAGAUUAUUAGCUUCAUGGGUGCUUGGGAAGCUACAUGGCCUGCGCGGAAAAUCCCAGACUUGGAUGCGGUCGCUGGCAGCCUUUAA